AUGAUUCAAUCGGCUUUUCUCCAGACCGUCAUGUUCCUAAGCACUCUUAUCUCAGUCCACGGUCCCAAUUCUUCCGGCUGCGGCAAACGGCCCACUCUUGCCAACGGAGUCCAGAGAAUCAAUGACCGCGAGUAUAUCCUCAAGAUUCCUGAUAACUACCAUUCCAACAAACCACAUCAUUUGAUCUUCGGCCUCCACUGGGGCGGUGGAAACAUGAGCUCUGUGGUGAAUGGCGAAGGUAUCGAGCCCUGGUAUGGCCUCGAAACUCGAGCGCUGGGUAGCGCAAUCCUGGUAGCUCCGGACGGCCGGGAUGCUAGCUGGGCCAACACCAAUGGAGAAGAUGUAGCGCUCAUCGACGCUAUUAUAAAGCAAGUUGAGAGUGACCUCUGUAUAGACCAGAGAUCCCGCUUUGUUACAGGGUUCAGUUGGGGUGGUGGAAUGAGCUUUUCGCUUGCUUGUUCGCGGGCAAAGGAGUUCAGAGCUGUGAGCGUGUUGAGUGGUGGACUGAUUAGUGGGUGUGAUGGAGGAUAUGAUCCUAUCGCAUAUCUAGGUAUUCAUGGAAUUAGUGACCCGGUUCUUCCGUUUGACGGGGGGGGUAAUUCUGGCGAAUAA